UCAACGAGCCAGUGAACAUUAAACGGAGUAGACCAAAAUCCCAAACAAGGAAAUGGUGGGGGAAUAAAACGACAAGAUUAUUUAAUUAAUGCAUGUAAUAAUUAAUAUUUUAUAUUAUUGUAAUUUAAGAAAUAUUUAUGGGUUAAAAUGGAUUACGACUUCAAAACAAAGCUCGCGGCCGAACGAGAGAAGGUAGAAGAUCUGUUCGAAUAUGAAGGUUGCAAAGUGGGUCGAGGCACAUACGGGCACGUUUAUAAAGCUAAGCGCAAAGACGGGAACGAUGAGAAGGAGUAUGCACUGAAGCAAAUUGAAGGAACUGGAAUAUCGAUGUCUGCUUGCAGGGAAAUUGCUCUGCUACGAGAGCUGAAACACCCCAACGUGAUUGCCCUGCAGAAAGUGUUCCUGUCCCACAGUGACAGAAAGGUCUGGCUCCUUUUCGACUAUGCCGAGCAUGAUCUCUGGCACAUCAUCAAGUUCCACCGAGCCUCCAAGGCCAAUAAGAAGCCCAUGCAGCUGCCGAGAGGGAUGGUCAAGUCUCUCCUAUAUCAGAUUCUGGACGGGAUCCAUUACCUUCAUGCCAACUGGGUGCUUCACAGGGAUCUGAAACCAGCCAACAUUCUGGUCAUGGGGGAGGGCCCAGAACGAGGACGGGUGAAAAUUGCUGACAUGGGCUUCGCCAGACUCUUCAACUCUCCUCUCAAACCACUGGCGGACCUUGACCCCGUCGUGGUGACGUUCUGGUAUAGGGCCCCUGAGCUGCUGCUAGGGGCCCGACAUUACACCAAAGCAAUCGACAUUUGGGCGAUUGGCUGCAUCUUUGCGGAGCUGCUGACGUCCGAGCCCAUCUUCCACUGUCGCCAGGAGGACAUUAAGACCAGUAACCCCUUCCACCAUGACCAGCUGGACAGGAUAUUCAGUGUCAUGGGCUUCCCAGCAGAUAAAGAUUGGGAGGACAUCAGGAAGAUGCCCGAGUACCCCACCCUUCAGAAAGACUUCAGGAGAACGACGUAUGCAAAUAGCAGCCUCAUCAAAUACAUGGAGAAGCAUAAAGUCAAACCUGACAGCAAGGUUUUCCUGUUGCUCCAGAAACUCCUCACAAUGGACCCCACCAAAAGGAUUACUUCUGAACAGGCACUGCAGGACCCCUAUUUCCUGGAGGAGCCCUUACCAACCUCAGAUGUGUUUGCCGGAUGUCAGAUACCUUACCCGAAACGAGAGUUUCUGAACGAAGAUGAGCCGGAAGAGAAAACAGAGAAGAACCAGGCCCAACAGCACCAGCAGACGACAGCCCAGGCCCAGGCCCAGCAGCAGAGCGGCACCCAGCAAGCCUCCACCCAACAGAACUCUGCCCAGACCAACGGUAACACAGGUGCAACGGGAGCCAACAAAGGUGGAGGCCUCCAGCACGGCCAGGACCAGGGGCCCCCAAACAAGAAACCUCGGAUCGGGCCCUCUGGGGCCUCCUCCGGCACUGGGGUCCACCAGUCCGAGUACCAGCACUCCAACUCCCGCCUUGGAUACCAAAGCAACGUCCAAGGUUCCACUCAGUCCCAGGGAUACUCGUCGUCAUCCCAGCAGAGCUCACAGUACUCCCACCAAUCACACCGCUACUGAGGCACCGAGAACUGCUCUCCAAAUCAACAGCAGGGGCCUCUCCCAAACCUCCCUCGACCUCAAACAAACCUUAGCAUAACCUCUUAUCUCCCUCAUCCUGAUCAGACCUCAUCACGUGUCAGAUCAUUUCAACAACGCAACAGUCAUUUCUCUCCUCCUUCAUGCCAGCCUUACUACACAGAGUGACCCUGGCCUCACUUCCACCCAAUGCCCUCACACUUACCGGAGGGCACUGCAAUAUGAAGGCAAACUCAACACAGGAACCAAAAACAAACCCUGCCACCUAAGGGCAUCGGACAAGAUUUUCUAUUAUUAUUAAGAGACAAAAUCUGUUGAUACUAGAUUAUAAGAAGGAAAACACAUCAGGUGCAACUUUGACUACACACGCCUACUACACAAAGACUACGAAUCACAGCACUUACAAAAAACAUGUUCUUCAAGAGGAAGAAUUGCAGCUCUGUUCAUAUAUAUAUAUAUAUAUAUAUAUAUAUAUA